AAUCCCUCUUUUACCUUCUACUUUUGAUCAAAACUUCUCAUGCCUUAACAGCCCUUGCUUCAAAUUGUAAAGGUUGGUCUUCGAUUUGUCGUCGUGCGCGCAUGGAAAUCGAGAUCAAAUCGGUCCUGCUUUACCCAUCUCUCCCGAUUUUGCCACCGGAACUGCUUGCUUUAGGGGAGAGGAUGGGCAAUGUCAGCACCGGUUUGUCUGAAGAUGCCAUCACAAAAUGCUUGACAGAGAUAGUAUACUGCUCUUCUGACCCAAUACAAGAAGAUAAUCAUGAGCAAGAUAGCUCCACAAUAUGCCUGGACGCACACAAAGAUAGAGAGACCAUCUUGGGAGAUUGAACUGCAAACAACUUUUCCACUCCAGCUGUAUCGCGAAAUGGUUGCUGAGCAAGAACAUCUGUCCCGUAUGCAUAACCUCUGCCUUGGAAGAAAACUUUAAAUGACAAAUAAACAUCUAAAUUCUGUGGAAAUAUUUUUCAAGGAAGGUCAUUAUGCUAAUUUGUAGACACACUUUAGCUGCUAGACACAAUAUGCUUAUAGCUUCAGACAAAUUGAUUCAUUCA